AUGCCGGCAGCGGGCGUCCCAGCGACAUUUCGCACGAGCACGGCGCCCUUGUACCGGCGAUAUAUCGGCUUAGCGGGUACAGGAUCUGGCGCUAUUCCUACAUUGGAUGAGCUCAUUGAGCUUUCGCAGCAUCUUCAAUCACUUCGUCAGGAUGUCGAGGCACGUGCACGAACAUUGGCGGAAGAACGGCGAUCCUCAGGCCCACCGAAUCCUAAAAAACAACAGCGCGAAACGCAAGUCAAACGCGAAGAAGACUUUUCUCUGGAUCAUGUGAGGGCCACGGGCUCGCGCAAGACAGAAAGUGAACCUGAGGGCACCGAUUGGAGUAAUGCUGGUGACAUGCGUGCUCGGGGAAAUAUUAAUCGGACGUACGGACGUGCCGGACAUCGGCGAAGAAACGGCCUGGGUCGACAGGAUGCUAGUGGGAGUGAUGCUGAUUCUGAUCUUGAGAGCGACAUCCCUCUGAAUGCAAUGCAAGCCAAGUCUCGUUCUCAGCCCAAGACAGAGGCUCUUCCAUCUGAUACCCAGUCACAUCCGCUACCACAGCAACAACCAUCACUAGGCAUCAAGCUGCGGCUUACCAAUCCUGAAGAUGCAUUACGACUACGCUCUGAUUCGUCCAGGUCUACACACACUUCUGCUUCAAAGCAUGGAUCAGACGUUGUUUCUGACCCCAGUCCAGAUGCGAUUGGAAAGAAAGAUUCGGCAGUUACAACGGGAGCAAUAAUGCUAAAAGCAACUCCUGGAAUAGGAGCUGAUGCUUCCUCAGCAGCACUGCCUGCUUCCAUGACUGGUUCUGCCUCUGAGUUUGGCGAAGGGACCGAGUCCAUCUUGAACAUGCAUGGCGACACAUUCCACGAUCCAACUACGUUUAGCUGGGAUGCUCCAGCAGAUAUGGCCUCAUGUGUAAUGCCAAAGCGGGAGCCCAUUCGUGAAAUUCGUCCAUAUCCAACGCACCCGUACGAUGUACAUGAAGAUUUUGCGAAUACGGACUGGCAUGAUCGUGAGUCAAUGUACUCGGUAGGAAAAGCAGCAGGGACGCCAGCAGCAAUGGCAGCGGCAGAAAAUUCGACAAUGACCUUGUCAGGUGAUGCGUCCACUCCGCAGCCACCAGUAAAGGAUACUAGCAAUCGAAGUCGGUCCACAAAGGAAGCUGCUCAAGUGCCAGCCACAACUUUCUUCAACUAUGUCGAUGCAUUUUUCAAACCCAUCACAGAGGAUGAUCUUGCAUGGCUCUCGAGUCGCGCAGAUGAUCCAUCACCCUAUGUAUUUCCGGAGUUGGGUCUACACUAUCGAAAAGUAUGGGAAAAAGAAGACGCUGAACUGCAAAGUGUGCUCAAGGCUAUGGAUGAUAGCCUGUCUUCUUCAUCGACGCCAGCACCGCAUGCACCACCAACAAAUGCAACUGAGGCUGGAAACACGGCGGCUACGUCAAAGGAUUCGACCUCUGUGACAGAUGCUGCAACAGUACCAUCGUCCCUAGCGAUUGAGGACCUGGUAGAUGCAAAUAUGUACGACCGUGUUACCCGCGGUGGUCCACUGAUGGAACGACUUGUAUCCUCACUGAUGGUACCAGAGAACCCAACUUCAAAAGCAGCUACUGCAUCAUCUGUCACGGAAGUGACUCCUACAGCUGAAGCGUCAUCAGCGGCUGCGAUGGAAGAGGAGCGACCCCCGCCUGAUGUGCACCAGUCCUUCGCUGAAAUGGAGAGUCGAACUAGACGCGCAUGUGAAUCAAUUGGCCUGGUCGAGGCAGGUGUGCCGAUUCAGUGGGAAGAGCAUGGUGAUAGUCUCAUUGCGUCGAUGCUGCGGCUUGCACAGGAGCGGCUUCGAAGGCAGAGUAAAAUGAAUGAGGAGCGCAAAGCGAGCCUCUUCAAGGUGGCCAAAGACCGGAUGGCUUACCAAGACUAUCAGGCAUGUCUACAGGCCGUCGAGCGAGAGAUCGAAGCUAAUUGGACUAAGCGCAUGCGGCAGAUCAAAGCGAGUGCAGGCAAAAAGCGCAAGCACGAUGCUGAGGCUGGGCCUGUCCGACCACAGCUUGCUGAGACCCUGCCAGAUGCACUGCAGCGGCGCAAGAAACUCAAGGCCGUUUUUGAGCCGCUCUUUGCCAAAAUACCACACGCAUGUAAGCCACCGACUCAAAGUAUAUACCAGAGUGGGGAGAAAGAGACCAGUCAAGACUAG